AUGGGGUUGAUCAGGCAUAGAAGGAGACCUGCCACAAGAAAACCGCGAUUGAUGCUGAAAGUUAACGUUGUCCAGGUUCAAAAUGUUGAUCUGUUCAAGGAUUUCAAGUGUAAUCCCACAUGCGUCAUUACGACGAACUCGUUGUACAGUAAGAGAACGAGCAAGCUUAAAAGUUCAAAGACAAAAUGGAAUGAAACGUUGAAAAUGAAAUUGCCGUCGUCGCCGCAAUCAGAGUGGGUCAGAAUUGUCAUCUACGAUGCUCUGCCAACGGCUCCCGCUGUGGCGAUCGACGGAGCUGACGGGGCAAGCAAUAGCAAUGACUCGACAACCAGCUUAGGCGCUCAGGGUUACAGCACAGGCGAUCCAUCGCGAUCUAACUCGCAGAUUAGCUCUGCCUCCAGCAGGGGCUCUGAAAACAGUUAUCUCUAUGUCGGAGAAACCAAGCUGUCGCUCUUGGACCUAUUUAAGAGACGGGAUACAGUCACGAGCUAUAGGUUUUCUAUCGAUCCCACAUGGUUUAGGAUAUAUGACAAAAGACUGCAGAGGCAGCUGAAGGAUAGGUCGGAGCUGCCCUACGCUGUUGGAGAAGUGCAACUGGGUUUCAAACUUUCUACGUCUUCUAAACAUCUAAGCACCAUACAGGCGUAUAACCAGUGGAGAAAUAGUCUACUGGGGGCGUUAGAACACAAGCGGUCUCUGAAGCGAACCCAUCCCUCGAGAUUCUCAUCAUUAUACCAUGAGAAGAUAGAUCACAGCACUAGCGAAGAAAAUUUCCACGAUAACUACGACUUUUUAGCAUCGAAGGAUAACGACGACGACGUUGAGUCCCGUGUGGACUACUCGGACAAUGAAGUGUAUGACCAAGAUGAGUUCACCAGCGAGAAUAACCUUUUUUCUGAUAUCAUCUCUCUUGAUAGUGAUGAGGCAAGUCUGGUCGACGACGAAGAUGUGGUGGAGAAGGAUCUCGCAUCGAUAGUUCCAGUACUGGAUGAAUACGAAGUUGUGGAUCCCGAUCUGAUUUCCAGCGUUUCGCACUUGUCUCUCAUAGAGGAUGAGCAUGAUGACAUUGACGACGAUGAAGAUGACGACGACGAUAUUGAAGAAGUUUACGAGAAUGAUGCCAUUCCAGCUACCCACAUCACAGACCUCAAUCAGGAUAUUUAUCGUGAAAGCUCUGCAGACCUUGAGGAUGAGGAUGAGCCCGAUGAUUACGAAGAUGAUGAGACAGAUGAUUUUACCGUAAAGCAUACCGGAAGGCGCUUACCAAGACUGCGCCGCACCCGCCGCUCGAACAGAAUACCUUCACAUUUCAUAACCCCUAGUGGUAAUUACAAGCUAUCGAAAAAGCAGCACGCAUCGGGAGUUGUUUUCUUAGAAUUCCGAAAUAUCAAAGAUCUGCCGUCUUUGAAGAAUAAAGUUUCUCGUAGAACAUACGAGAUGGAUCCUUUUAUCAUUGCAAUAUUCGGCAGACGGGUUUUUAAAACGUCAUGGAAGAAGCAGUCUUUGAAUCCAGUUUAUAAUGAAUGCGCAGCUUUUGAAGUGUUUCCUGAUGAAACGCAUUUUGGAUUCCAUUUCAACGUGUUGGAUAAAGAUUCGUUUUCAGCCAAUGAUAAGAUAGCUCAUUGUGACCUUAGCUGGUCUCACAUGAUCGCUAAACAAACUCCAGAGAAUGAUUGGGCGAAUUAUGAUUUGCCUUUGUCAUUGACCGUCGAGCCCCAGGAUUCUAAAAGCCCGACCUUGUCUCUCAAGAUGAAGUUCGUGCCUUAUUCUAUUCUGAAGAAAUCUUUUUGGUCAAAUGCAUUAAAGAUGCAUACUUCUCGUACUGAGUUCGACAUAGUCGACCUAACCUUGUAUUUGGAUAAACUUGGUUAUUUCACGGCUGACGAGAUCUGCGAAUUUUUCAAUCACUUUGGUAAGAAACCUUGGGCCGGUGAAACUCUAUCCAAUGUUCAAAUUACAGAGUUUUUACAGAAUUGGAAAAAAUCUUCCGGUUUCAAGAACGUCUGGAAAUGUCCUAAUUGUUCGCACUCCUGUAAGCCCACUCGAAAUAUGAUGAACACUAAGUUGGUUUUGGAGAACGAUUUGAUCACUCACUUAGCAAUCUGCAGCUUCGAGAGUGACCGCAAAUUGCUAAAACCAUCGUAUGUGUCUUCGGACUUUGCUUCGAAGAGGUGGUUCUCCAAGGUCUUGAUCAAGCUGACUUAUGGUAAGUACGCGUUAGGUUCAAAUAACGCCAACAUUCUGGUCCAGGACAGAGAUUCCGGCAUAAUUCUCGAGGAAAAGAUCAGUGCGCAUGUCAAGUUGGGGAUGCGAAUUAUCUACAACGGUAAGGGCAAAGAGUCGAGAAAAUUUAGAGCUUUGCUCAAAACAUUAUCCAUUCGGCAGGGCAAGAAGUUUGACGAUCCUGCUUCAGUCCGCCAAAUCGCUCCUUUUAUCAAAUUCCAUUCUUUGGAUAUGACCGAGUAUGAGGAAACCUCUUACACGACAUUCAAUGAUUUCUUCUAUAGAAGAUUGAAGCCAGGGGCAAGGAAAGUGGAAGGCGAUGGUAAGAUAUUCGUGUCGCCAGCAGAUUCCAGAUGUACUGUCUUUUCUAAUAUCCAUCAGGCCAAGGACAUAUGGAUCAAAGGUACUCGCUUUUCUUUGACCAGACUCACUAAGAAUUACAAGCCUGAUAUAUUCAAUGACCGUUCGUGCAGCAUAAUGAUCUUCCGGCUAGCGCCGCAGGAUUAUCACAGAUUUCACUGCCCUUGCGACGCUACAAUCGGCAAGCCGGUAUUUGUUGACGGACAAUAUUACACGGUUAACCCCAUGGCAGUUCGUAGUUCAUUGGACGUGUUUGGUGAAAACGUCCGAAUGGUAAUCCCGUUAGAGUCACCAGAGUUUGGCACAUUGCUCUUGGUUCCCAUAGGUGCCAUGAUGGUAGGUUCGAUAGUACUGGAUCGCAAAGAGGGAGAGUUUGUGCGUCGCGGUGAAGAAAUGGGUUACUUCAAGUUUGGCGGAUCAACAGUUGCAAUUGUUAUCCCUUCAAAGUCCAUUGUACUCGACGCGGAUUUGUCGAAGAACUCCGCUGAUGGGAUUGAGACCCUCGUCAAAGUCGGCAUGAGCGUCGGCCACUCACCCGUCGUCGCAGAACACAAGAGAGAGAAGAUCAAGAUCACCAAUCCGGCGCAAGUGGAGAAAAUUAAAAGAACCAUCAGUAUUAGCCAGGAGAAUGCCACCUCACUGAAUAAUGCACCCUGGGAGUAUCAGGCAUUAAGAAAUAUUCUGCAGUCGGAAUAUGGAAAAUCAGCAGUCGAAUCUUCCGCGCAGAAUGGCACAUCACCCGGCGAGCUUCUUCCUCAUCCGUCGUCACCAACUAGCUCUUCUACAUCUACGACUACAGUCUAA